UUGAUGUAGGAGGAUGUCCUUUGACAGUUUGCUGGUACCCGUUCAUAAUUAACAAUAUGUCAUAAUAGGAAGAAUUAUUACAAUUGGAGAAAGUAACGGCUAUUACGGCGCUAAAAUCAUUCAAUAAUAUGGAGAAUGCAAAACGAGAAGAGAGUGAAAGAAAGAAAGAGAAAAGAAAGGCAACCACUCAGAAUGAGCAGGCAUCAUGCAAAAAACAGGAUUCGAAACCAGAAAAGCCCACUUUUAAACAACUUUUCGAAUCCUUCCAACGUCAAGCAUUAUUUCAAGCGUCUGUUAAUGAUGGUCUAUGCAUGGAGACCCAUAUGUAUGAAUUAUUGUCGUUGCAGGACAUUAUUUUGCUAAAACAGUCCCAAUAUUCACCUUCUGUACGAAACCAUUUCGGUGAAGAGCUCCUACAAACCCUUUACGAUGAAUUGCGAACUUCACUCUAUGACAAGACUAAAAAGUUUGGAGAAGAGAUAUCUCUAGUACAAGACAUCAUAUAUGUAUGUUUAUUCAUCACUAAUUUACACUAUCUGCAUUUUCUAAUUGUAGUGUUUUAUAUAAGAAUUACAUCCAGGAGGUUACGGACAAAACAAAGAAGAAUGGAUCGAAGAUGAACUGUGCAAGAAAGCUGAUUGCUUUGACUGCUAACCGUCCAGAAGCAGAAGCUAAUAUUCUUUUUGGCAUAGCGGCAUUAAUUCAAAAACUCCCAGUACGAACCAUGAUUGAAGGCACAGUUCAAGGUGAGGCGGAGUUAUGGAGUGGGAUAUUUGAUCCGAUUCUUUCAUCAAUUCUAUCUGAUCCUGAAAAUGACGUUUUGUUGAGAUGGUAACGCCA